AUGUGCGACUGGGAAGAAUUCCUAUUCACCUGCAAUCACUCCCAGGUCCGGCUCAAGUCCUACUGCCACUUUGCGCGCAACGACCCCAACCACGGCUGUCUAGGGGUCAAAGUCCUCCGCAGCUCGUGGCGACAGGCGGUUCCGUGCGAUGACUGCCUCCUCAAGGGCUACUCCGCUGGGAUACCACACCGGGACUUUCAAUGA